AUGCUCUUUCUUCCAAUUUUUUUGUCGACCAUUCUUGGUUUCACAGGCACCCACGCCACGCCUUUGGCAGCAACAGGCCAGAUGAAUCACGUUGAACGCGAUGUUGGAUUGAAUGCGUUCUUGGCCAUCCUUCUUGCCAAUAUGCCAGCUAUCAAUGCCCCUCUGACCGAGGCCACUAGUCUUAUUACUGCAUUUGAUAAGAUCCUUGGCACUUUGACUGGUGCCAGAGACACACGAAAUGGGUUGGGAGGGCCAUGCAAAGAAUGGACCGUUAUCUUUGCUCGUGGUACAGCCGAGUCGGGCAAUGUCGGGGUCCUUGUUGGACCACCCUUGUUUGAUGCUCUGGGUGAUAAAUUCGGAUCUUCGACACUCGCCAUUCAGGGAGUCAAUAACUACUCGGCAUCGGUUGAGGGGUACUUGGCAGGCGGAGACCCAGCAGGAAGCUCUGAAAUGGCUCGCCAAAUCGAGGCAGCGAAAUCCCAAUGCCCCGAUACAAAAUUGAUUAUAUCCGGUUAUUCUCAAGGUUGCCAAAUCAUGCAUAACGCAGUCUCUAAGCUUCAAGCCACAACCGCAAGCUGGAUUAGUAGCGUUCUGCUCUUCGGAGAUCCUAUGAAUGGCCAACCUCUUGCAAGUGUCCCCUCCUCUAGAGUAUUCACAUCGUGCCACGCUGGAGACGAUAUCUGCAAUGAUGGACUCCUUAUUGGUCCUGCCCAUCUGACCUACGCCCUGGAUGUCACUGCUGCUGCCAAUUUUGCAGCUACGCGUGGCUAA